UCGACCCCCAGGAGCCAUGCUGGCAGUUCUGAUCUUUGGACUUGUGGUUCUCUCAACCUUGCAGGUUGAGUCCAAGUUCAAGAGUCUGCACUGUACUAAUUACGACAAGUCCUACGGUGAAAUAUUGCUAUGCAAAAUCAAGGCCAUCAACCGGUACAGGAACUCUAUAAGUAUUCAAUUCAGGCAGUAUAAAACGGUUAACAAUAUCCAUAUGCGCUUGGAGCUCUUUAAGCGAGCCAACGGCUGGCGCCCUUUUCUCUACAAUAUUUCCUUUAACCUGUGUGACUUUCUUUCUAAGAGAAACAAUAUGAUCGUAGCACUUGGUUACGAAUAUCUCAAACCCUAUAUCCCAGUAACGAACUAUACGUGCCCGUUUAAGAAAAAUCAUUUAAUAAAGUGUACGGACCUGGAGUUCGAUAUCGAAAAGUUCCGACUUCGUUUCCCCAUAGAAACAGGUGAAUAUGCUCUUCAAUUGAGUUUUAUCGUCAAGAGGAAAGUCACUUUGACCCUAAACGGAUCAGUGGAAUACUACAAUUACAGGGAGCACUAAAAAAUGUUCCCAGGAAACAGCUAUAGUAUUUAUUUAUAAUUUUUGGUAGAUGGUUAAUAAGCGGAAGUAAUUAAAGUUGUGGGCACUUUAUUUGUUAAAACUGUUAUACUUAUAAAUGUUCUUAUAUUUUAUAGCAUAGCCCUAGCAAAAUUUUGUUUCACUAAUA